AUGAAUGUGCAGCUGAUACUAGUGGAUGGACAGCGUGUAGAGCAGGUUCUUAUUCGUCUGGGCAAGCGCGGCUGGCAGCAAAUCUGCGGGGCUAUCGUGCUAUCGUGCUAUCGUGCUAUCAUUGCCAUCCCUCUCACCCUUCCGCACUCGCAUCCCUCUCUCUCGCCCAUCACAGGGAGCAUGGUGCUGCGCCCGCCAUCUGCAGGCGACAGCAGUGGUGCACUUCAUAAGAAGGGGCCUUCAUUGAGAGUGAACUCGAAGAUCACCUCUUUCUUUUCAUCCCUAUCUCCCUCUUUGUCUUCCCGCAUAACAGAGAGCGGAGGGGCGCCACCUCUGCAGGCAACAGCGGUGGGAGCGUGGGUGCUGCGCCCGCCAGCCCCUCUGCAGGCGACAGCGGUGGUACACUUCAUUGGGGGAGCGUUUGUUGGCGCGUCUCCUCAACUCACCUACCGCCUCUUCCUCACCACGCUGGCACAGAGGGGUCUGAUGGUGGUGGCAACGCCGUACGCGAGUGGCUUUGACCAUCUGAGGAUCGCAGACGAGGCGCAGUUCAGAUUCGACCGCUGCAUGCGUUCCCUCUCGCUUAAAGCCCAGCCGCCCAACGAUCCCAUGGACCUGCCAGUGUACGGCGUGGGGCACUCCAUGGGCGCCCUCGUGCAUCUCCUCAUUGGUGCUCGCUACGCCGUGGAGAGAGCUGGAAACGUCUUUCUCUCCUUCAACAACAAGGAGGCCAGUGCGGCCAUACCACUGUUCUCGCCGGUCAUCAUGCCCAUGGCGCAGAGUCUCGGCCCCAUCCUCACGCAGCUGCUCAACAACCCCACCCUCAAACUCGGGGCUGACGUGGCAGUGAAGCAGCUGAGGGAUCUCAACGCACCAAUGGUGGCACAGCUGCUGCCGCUGCUGGAGCAGCUGCCACCGCUGUACCGCGACCUCUCUGAUGGCCGUGAUCAGUUCACACCUGCUCCAGCUGAGACCCGCCGCCUGGCCCAGACGUACUACGGGGUGCGGCGCAACCUGCUGGUGCGAUUCAAGGAUGACACCAUCGACGAGACCGCUGACCUGGCGGACACGCUGGCAGCGGGCAGCGCUGUGUCUGCGUGCCUUGACCUCGCCAUGCGCACGCUGCCAGGCGACCACGUGCGGCCACUGCGCCAGGUGGUUCCUGAGAUUCCUCAGACUGUUGCUGACGUGGUCUCGCGAGGCAGCUCCCUGCUUGCCUCCAUGACAGCUGGCACACCGCUUGCUGACCUGGCGCGAGGCGUCAGCGACACGCUGACGGGGGCAGUGGGGCUGGGCGGGGAGGGGGAGGGUGGCGCAGGGGGCAUGGGAGGGGGGAUGGGGCGGAUGCAGCGGGACGUGCGGGAGGAUAUGGAGCAGCUGGUGGAUGAGCUGACACCCUUCUUGGCGGCCGCACCUGUGCCGUUCGAUCAAUGGGUCGGCAGUUUCGACGCUGACGUGUCCGCGUCGCUCCCGAAGGCAGGAAUAGACAUCGUGGAGACUGUACGCGAUAGAGGCAUCUCCAAGGCUGUGGAUGUGCCUUAUUUUGACCUGCCCGAGCGGGUGAUCAGGUCAGCUACUGAUUGGCUGGCGACGCAGGGCAGCAAAGACCUGGCAGCAGUGGCAGCUUUGCUCAUCCACGACGCGGCUCUCUCGCUGCUCGCCAUUCUCCUCCGCGUGCGACCCGCCACUCUCCAGCAAGUGCCUGACGCGCUGCUGCCGCCCAUAAAGGACAAACAAAGGCCGUCCAGUGCCCAGCAGCUGCCCACCAAGGAUGGUGCUUCAGCAGGCUCCCAAGUGGCAGAGGGGGAUAGGCUGGCGAUCCUUGCAUGGAUAUACGGGCAGGCAGCACGGGCGGACAGGGUGGCGGGCAUGUCGCUCUUCAUCCACUGCCUGCUGCCGCCUGCCAUCCACCCCACCGCCUCCCCCGCCAGCACGCACCUCGCCCUCACCUUCCUCGAGGAGGUGGUGUUGGAGAAUCGCAGGAAGGCCUAUGCGGAGCUGCACAGGGGUGCCGUGAGGGGCGGGCUGCGCCUCGUGCCGCCUGAGGCGCUGCAGUCGUUCCUGCUCGCCGCCUUCCCUGCCAAGGGCGACUGCACUGAGUUCACUCCCCGUUUCGCCCACGCGUACCUGAUAGUGAAGCAGCUGGCGCUGGUGAAGGGCACCCUCACGGGGGACGCUGGCGACUCUGACGCCGCCUCACAGGCCUCCCUUGCCCGUGCCAAGUCCAGCCAGGAAGCUGCGGAGAAGCUGCUUCCUCUCAUGUUUGACGCUGCACGAGAGGGUGAGGGGAAGGGGGAAGGGGCGAAAAGGGGAAAUGAAAGAAGGGAGGAAAGGGACAGAAAAUUCCCUUGCUGGACUGGGAUGGGGGUCACGAGUGAGAAGGUUGGGACUGGAAGGGCUCAGCUCUUCUCCUCCCUUGCCCGGCGAGCAAGCAGGCUCAAAGGAGGCUCAGAACAACUCUUGAGGCGCAUUAGACACGGGUCGGAGGAGGCGAGGGAGGAGGCGGGUGCCAUCAUGGUGUGGUGCCUCAUCGAGAACCCUGCCUGCUACUCCCAAUGGGAGCGGCUGCACAGCGGGGCGGUGGACACGUCGCGGCACAUGCUGGGUGGCAUGGAGCGGCGGUGGGAGGAGCUGAAGCUGCAGCUCGCCCCCUAUGCGCUGCUCAGAGCCUUCCUGCACGCCAUCCGCUGCCAGCACGCGCAAGCUCUGAGAUCUCUCGACCAAUCACAGGUGGAGGAACGGGCCACCAUCCGUCAGACAGACGCCGUGGCUAGGAAGCUUCAGAGAAAGAUCUCUCGGGUGCCUGGGUGUUUAGCCACAGUGGCCACUUUAAUAGCCUCUGCUGCCAUGGUGUACACUUUCUAUUGGCUCAGCCCAGGGAAGAACCCUUGGGGAUGGGAUGGCUAUAUCCUUCUCAGCAAGACGCACAGAUGGUACUGA